AUGGCUCGUGUAACUAGAUCCGCCACUGGCAGUAUCCCAGCCAAGCCUGUACCAGCACCUGUCGAAGCUCCAAAGACAAAAAAGGCCGCACCAAAGGCAAACACUGGAAAGAAGGUUGCUUCAACCAAGGGUGCUAAGCCAACUGGUGUUAAGAAGACCGCUGCACCAAAGAAGAAAUCAACAGUAGCCGCCAAGGUUGAAGCUGCUGUAGAGAAGACCGAGGAAGUUGCCGAGAAGGCUGCAGACAAAGUUGAGGAAGAAGUUGAAGAGAAAGUUGAGGAGGAGACCCCUGGAGAGGAGACUGCCGAGGAGGCCGUGGCUGAGAAGCCAGCGCCAAAGAAGAAGGCUCCCGCACCAAAGAAGCCCGUCGCCAAGAAGGCCGCUGCCCCAAAGAAACCUGUCGUCAAGGCUUAA